AAUCUGGCAAAGUAAGAAAAACACGGAAGUGAAAGUACAAGUGAAGCGUUUCCUAGUUCAGAAGGAUCGGGUCCGACUGUCGGUCUGUGUGAAAGAAUGAGCUCUUUGCAAUUUAACGCUGUUUUACUUGAGAUUUCAAACCAGCUUUCCAGUGACGAGCUGGAUAAAAUGAAGUUUCUGUGUCGAGGGAAGAUCGGGAAAAAAAAUAUGGAGAAGAUCAACAGCGCACUAAAACUCUUUCAGUUUCUGUCAGAGAGAGGCGAGCUGGGAGCCGAUAAAACAGAGACUCUGUCCGAGCUUCUCCAACAAAUUCAACGACUCGAUCUCGCGGACAAAUUCAACACGUAUGAAAGUCGGCGUGGAAACACUGCCAGCGAACCGGAGCAGGCGGAGAAGGCCCAACUGGACAUUGCUACAGAGGUGAUUGCAGAAAACCUAGGAAGGUCUUGGCGUAAACUGGGCCGCAAACUGGGUUUGAAUGAUGUCAAGCUGGACUCCAUAAGCAGGAGGUAUCCUACAGAAUUGGAGGAGACAGGAAUAGAGCUGCUGAAGGAGUGGAGGAAGAGCCGAGGAGCCGAGGCCCGAACAAAUGAGCUGAUAGAAGCCCUGAGGGCAUGUUGUUUAAACCUGACUGCUGAUAAAGUGGAAGAGAAACUGUCAGCCCAAGGAUAUUGAUUGGGUUCAACAGAUAAGACUCAAAACUCUGUAAAAAAUAUAAAUUUACUACUGUAGUUAUAUAUUAAAUUAUGAUUGUUGAGGUGAAUCAGUUGACUUUCUGGAUGUCAUAAAAUGUAUAACAACAGC